UUCCACCCCCAGUACAGCCGGUGUAUUUGGAUACAAAGUCAGCCGAGAGACUGACAGCUCCGUCUAGAAAUUGCACGUCUUUUGGAGAAAAAAGCGAUUUGAUUGUGAAGGACAAGUGGCCAACCGACUGACCCAGAUGAGCAAGGACUCCAAUACUAUUCAUUUUGUGGAAUUGGAUUAUGGAAUCUGAUGGUGGAUAUUUGGAUGCGAUCACACGCCCAUGCGACAAUGUCAAUGGAUGUUGUGAUGAACAGUGGUCAGGCUUUUUUUCCGUAAAUAUUUGAACAUUUCAUAUUUGGUUUAUUUGAACCAGAAGACAAGACGCUAUAUACGCAUAAAGACAUGAUUAUAAUUCAAUGUUGCACCAAAAGGAAGAAUUAGGCUUUUAUUAGACCUGUUACGUUAUUAUUAUUAUUAUUGUUGUUAUUAUUAUUGCCUCGAGGAUGGUGCAUCUGUCUAUCAAAGCCAAAGAAAACACGUUACCGUAGACGAUUAAUCGCCUUAUUCUUUAUCACGUCAACUCGAAUCAGAGAUACACAAAUAUUUGCAAUUGGAAUUACAGUCAAAUGAUUUCACAAAACACAUAAUGUAUUAUUACUGUAGGCUAUUUCGGUCUCUAACAUAGCGUGUGAAGGUGUCGAAAAGCACUGAAAUAUAUUCGUUAAGAGCCAGCAGGUGCUGAUUUUGUUAUUUGAUCACAAAUAACUGAAAUGUGCAACAUUGUGUCCAUAUAACUAGACAAGGCUAUUGCUUAUGAUUAUAAAUGUAUCAGAUGUUAUGAAUGAGCAUCGUCUUAUAGCCUACAAAAUCGACGCGAAGAUAAUUAUGGCUACAACAAACUGUUCUGUACACGUUGUAUGUAUACGUUUCUGUCGCGAUAACUCGCGCAUUCGUGAACGCUCACUGUAUGGUGUUUAUUGAAACGUUACAGAGCGCAGAAUUUAGGCCGGUGACUUAUGUAUGUUCGCUGACUACUAAGGUGCAAAAUGUACAGUCACUCAAUGAUGUUUGCCUGAACACUGUCCGCCGUAAUUCCCCAUCUAAAAAUGGAGUAGUAGGCUUUUUAAGAACAUUCAACGGGCGUAUAGUUGAUCGAUGUAGGCGUGCAGGACUUAAGACGAGGCAGCAGCAAAGUAGGGAAAUAUUUCAAUCGACAUUUCAACGCAAUACUACGUCAAGACAAGGGUCUUUCAUCGCUGUCAAAAAGCCAAUGACCCUGUAAUAACGAGAUGUCAGACAAGCGCUAUUUUGCUACGCUGCGCUUGAUUGGAAAUAACAACGAUCCUUGCUCAGAGGAUGUUAAACUACACAGGUGAAACUAUUUAGAAUACAAAUGUUUUGUUACACGUGGUGCAAUUGAUUUAUAAAUAGCCGAUUUAGAUGUGGGAUCUCCUUUAACUGUCGCGUGGCUUCCUCGCUGUCUUUGGCCUCUCAUAAUCUCCAGGGAGAGGAGUGAGUUUGCCUCUUUAAAUCUCUGUGUCAGGAUCUGUUCUCAGGGAGGCGAAAUGAAGUGCAGCGUUGGCCGUGAAUUAUUCAUCAGGGCAAAAAAUUCAAAGGAAAUAAAAAUAGUAAGAAACCAGAAUAAACUUUUGUGGUCAACUGAGACCAUCCAGCUCUUGCUGAGUCUUGAGAGGGAACAGUAAAUCAAAAUUGUAGUCUAAUAUGAAAUAGCAAUAGAUGCUUUGAGGAUCAUAAACCCCCUCCCACAGCCCCCCUACAGUAGUCGUAAAAGCAGUGUGGGAUGUUACAGAGACCCAUGUUCAGAUCCUGAGCAUGCUCUCCUGAGCAGCGCAAAGCUAUCCCAUCCACCAGAACCUCAUCUCAUAGUACUGAAGAGGGAACACAUGGUCUACUUUGGGAUUUUUCCCAGGCCAGCCUUGACUCUCUGGUAGCUUUCUAGAACAUACAUGGGAUAAUAAUCAGUAGCCUCUCUCAGGGAUAGCCAAGGAUCACCCCAAAGUGAACUCGUAGGUAUACAUGUUAAAUACACACUGCAUUAUACAUGGUAAUACAGACUGCUACACACACAUGAUUGGUGACAGGAACUGGAACUACCCCAGUAAACGGGGCCAGUGAUGGGACAGUGGAGCUUUGGCCUGCCUGUCCACUGAUCUGUCACUCCUCUGGUUAAGGAGGCCUGGAUUCAGCUGAUGGGCCCUGCAUGGAUUUUGUGUGUGAGUUGACAGAGGGCAGGCCCACACCGCUGACCAGCAGCCGGGCAGCCAUGGACCCGUAUGCCAGAGUGAGCAGCACAGCAGCCCCCCUGCCCUGCACCAGCUGUGGGGGCUGCUGCGACCCUCCUCCCCCUGGCCUCGUGCUCGCUGGUCCCCUUGGUCCCCCUUAUGGCCCCCCUCUCUCCUCCAUGCCCCCGCACAUGACCCCCGUUCCCCCGGUGUGUGCUGCUACAGCUGUCCAGGCUGAGAAUGGCAGCAGCUGGAACUCCUCCUCUGGUUCUUCAGACUCCCACCCUGGCCACCAGGGCGGCUCUACCACCUCCAACCCCUACUGGACGGCCGUGUUUGACUACGAGGCCACGGCAGACGAGGAGCUGACCCUGCGGCGCGGGGACCUCCUGGAGGUCCUCUCCAAGGACUCCAAAGUGUCCGGGGACGAGGGCUGGUGGACGGGCAAGAUCCAAGACAAGGUGGGCAUCUUCCCAUGCAACUACGUUACUCGGAGGGACGCCGGCAGCUACCCGCAGCUAACCGCAGGAGGGCUGGUGGCGGGUGGGGUGCCUGAGGGGUGCCCCUUGGAGAUCGACUUCACGGAGCUGGUGCUGGAGGAGGUGAUUGGGGCGGGGGGGUUUGGGAAGGUGUAUAGAGGGAUUUGGAAAGGGGAGGAGGUGGCAGUUAAAGCUGCCAGGCAGGACCCGGACGAGGACAUCAGCGCCACAGCUGAAAGCGUACGACAAGAGGCCAGGCUUUUCUGGAUGCUCAGACACCCCAACAUCAUCAACCUGAUAGGGGUGUGCCUGCGAGAGCCCAACCUCUGCCUGGUGAUGGAGUACGCCCGCGGGGGGGCCCUGAACAGAGCCCUAGCUGGGAAGAAGGUACCCCCCAGGGUGCUGGUGAACUGGGCCGUGCAGAUCGCCACAGGGAUGGACUACCUGCACAAUCAGACCUUUGUACCGGUUAUACACAGAGACCUCAAGUCGAGCAACAUCUUGAUCCUGGAGCCCAUUGAGAGGGAGGAUCUGGGUGGCAGGACCCUGAAGAUCACAGAUUUUGGCCUGGCACGGGAGUGGCACCAGACCACCAAGAUGAGCGCGGCGGGCACCUACGCCUGGAUGGCCCCCGAGGUCAUCAAACUCUCCCUGUUCUCCAAGAGCAGCGACGUCUGGAGUUUCGGGGUGCUGCUAUGGGAGCUGCUAACAGGAGAGGUUCCGUACCGUGAGAUAGAUGCGCUGGCCGUGGCGUACGGAGUGGCCAUGAACAAACUGACCCUGCCCGUCCCCUCCACCUGCCCCGAGCCCUUCGCACUCCUGCUGGCUGAGUGCUGGAGCCCUAACCCCCACAGUCGCCCGUCCUUCACUAGUAUCCUCAUGCGGCUGCUGGCCAUCGAACAGUCGGCCAUGUUUCAGAUGCCCCUGGAGUCCUUCCACUCUCUGCAGGAGGACUGGAGGCUGGAGAUCCAGCAGAUGUUUGACGAGCUCAGGGCCAAGGAGAAGGAGUUGCGUUCCUGGGAGGAGGCGUUGGCUCGUGCGGCCGAGGAGCAGAGGGAGCAGGAGGAGCAGCUGAGGAGGAGAGAGCAGGAGCUGGCUGAGAGAGAGAUCGAUAUCGUGGAGCGUGAACUCAACAUCAUCAUCCACCAGAUGUACCAGGAGAAGCCCAGGGUCAAGAAGCGCAAGGGCCACUUCAAGAAGAGCAGACUGCUCAAGCUGGGCAGAGAUAGCAACAGCAUCAGUCUGCCCUCUGGUUUUGAGCAUAAGAUCACAGUGCAGGCGUCUCCGAGCGUGGAUAAGAGGAAGCCCCAGGGCAAUGAGAGCACCACACCUCCAGCCAGCCCAGGGGUCAUACCCCGCCUCAGGGCCAUACGACUGACGCCCAGCGAUGGCAGUAAAACGUGGGGCCGCAGUGCCGUGUGUAAGAAGGAGGACCUGGCAGCUAGCAAAAAGAAGGGACGCACCUGGGGCCCCAGCUCCACCCUCCAGAGAGAGAGACUGGGCGGAGAGGACAGGUUGAAGUCGCUGGGCGACGGAUGCAAGGUGUGGUCCUCUAGUGCCCCGAAUCUGGGCAAGUCUCCCAAACAUGCCCCCAUGACCGCCGGCUUCUCUAGCCUCAAUGAAAUGGAGGAGCACUGUGAGCUGGAGGAGUCGCCCGGGUCUCUGAUGCCCCCAGAGCCCAGCAGUAACGGGUCUGUGGAGGAGGGAGGCCCCUCGUUGGGCGGGGCAGGGCCCGGGAUGGGGAGCGGGGUGGGUUACCAGGACUCUGUGCGGCGCUGCAGCCAGAGGAAGAAGAGUGACCUGCUGCUGCUUGGCUGUGCCUCCCUACUGGCCUCUGUAGGUCUGGGGCUGGACCUGCUACAGCUGGGGAGACUACAGGUCCAACAGGACGAGCAGGACCUUAGAGAGGAGCAGCGCAAGAAAAAGGACAGCAUUUUCCAGCGAACGGGUCGCUUCCGUCGCAGCACCUCUCCCCCGAGCCGCGCCCUGUCCCUCUCGCUGUCCCGCCGCCGCGACUCUACUCUCCCCUGCACGGACCCCUCUCCCUCCGUCACCCUCCUCUCCCUCUCCUCCCUCUCAGACUGCAACUCCACCAAAUCCCUCCUUCCCUCGGACCUUGAGGACUUGGCGUUGACCCCCGGAGUGGGCGUCUCCCUCCCUGCGGCGCCUCCCGUCCCCUCCGUUAACCCCCUCCUGGAUCUGAGGGCAGAGAGCUUCAAGAGGGAGCCCAACCAGUCCCUCACGCCCACCCACGUGUCUGCAACCAUGAACAGGGGGCACAGACGCACCCCCUCUGACGGGGCGAUACGCCCCCGCGCCCAAACCCUAGGGCACCGCAGGACCCCCUCGGACGGCAGCAUGCCCAUGCCGCCCCCGCCAGGGCCACCCACCCUCCCCCUACAUGCAGGUUACAGGGAGACCCUGGACAUCCCCCGACUCUCUGACCCCUCCAGCCUCUUCCCAAGGGUCCUCCGCCGCAAGGCCCCCGCUCCGCCUGUCCCUGUCCCGGUCCUGGAGCCCCUGACCAUCAUCAGCCCCUUGGAGAGGCCCAAGACCCUGGAGUUCGCCCCCCGGCCUCGGCCCACCCCAGCCAGGGUGCGACCGGACCCCUGGAAACUGGGCUCCCUGUCCAGGACCCUGAGCUCAUCCCCGGGCAGCAGCUGUGACAGUCCCCUGGGCUCUGGAGACAGCAGUGCCAGCACCGGCGCGGUCAGGCCCAACCUCAUGGACAUGGACGUGGAUGGACAGGAUCUGGACGGCACCGUGCCCCUGUGUGAACAGCACCAGGCUGCACAGCUCUGUGGACAGAACUACGGCUAAGCCACACUCUGCAACAUUACUGUAUAUGGGCAACACUACUCCUAGUGCACACUUCAAAGACUCCUUAGUACGCCCACUUUAUUCCUGGUAGCCAAUCCCUUUGCGAACAGUACUUCUCCUAGUGUCCACUCUGAAGCCCACUUGUGCGGGCUGUACCUCUCUCCUGGUGGUCACUCCUAAGCCUUGUGCCCUCCUAGUCUCAUAGUGCUCCUAGUACACACCCAAGCAUCCGGGACAGAACUUGUCUUAGUGUCCCUCCCAAAGCCGCCCAGUGUGGGACAACAUUCCUCUAAGUGACCACUCCGCAGCCUCUAGAGUCCAAACCUUUAGUGCCCUAGUGACCAGUGUGCCCUCCUAUCCUUCCGUAUAUAUUACCCGUCCUCCAAAAAGGAACAUGUAAGCCAUUACGCUUCUAGGCAGACACUUCUAAGUGCUCAUCUCUAUCCAUCAUUUCCUGUAGUAGGGACUCGUUCUGCUUCACCACUCCGUGGACUCUCUGCCUCUCUCGACACAGGUGUCAUGUCUGUCUCUGCUCUCUCCUUCCCCAAAGACUAGGGCUGAAGCUUCGCCAGCGGCCAACACUUCACACCUCUCAUCAGGGUUGGAAUCAUUGUACGCUGACUCUUGGGAGUGCCCUUGAAGUGUCCAUGUUAAUAGUUGUUUUGUGUGUGGGGGGGGGGGGGGGGGGGGGGGG